AUGAAAGGGAUUGAUAUAAGAAGUGUUGUCGUUGCUAAAAAAGACUACAACCAAGCUAAACAUGAUGAAAUUGACACCAGAAACUUAUAUGUCAUCAAAGCUUUACAAUCAUUAACCUCAAAAGGUUACGUUAAAACCCAAUUCUCAUGGCAAUACUAUUACUACACCUUAACUGAUGAAGGUGUUGAAUUCUUACGUGAAGAUUUACAUGUCCCAGAAGGUGUUUUACCACAAACCAGAUUACAAGAAUCUGCUCCAGAAAGACCAGGUAGAAGACCACAAGGUAGAAGAUAUUAA